AUGAUGGUGAGCAAAAGAUGGUGUGAGGUGAUGCUCUUGUCCCAUCUGAAAAUGUCCAAGUGGGGUUAUGGCAGGACUUUUGUUUACUGGGUGAUUGCUGCGUUGGUGGUCAGCUGUUCCUGCAAAAGAAGGGGCGUCGACGAUGAUUCACCCCUGCGAGAAAAAUUCCUCAUGGCAACGCAUCUAACCUCAACGGUGACAUCGCUUUCCACGAUGACAUCAGUUAUUCCCUACUUCUGCUUCACCACAAAGGCCACCGCGUGCCAGGGCCGCAGGCUAAGGCACACUCUGCCCAAGAGCAUCGCCCUCUCCAGCGGCGACGACGUGCCCUUCCUUGAGGAUUCAAAAAACACCAAAAAGGAGGCAGACGAGCUCACUGGGUCUCUUCACAGUGAGAAGUACUUCUUCACCAUCCGCACGACCGUCACGAGCACGACGAUUAUUGUGACCACGUCCACCAACCGAGACUUCACCGUGUCCGCUUCGACCUUCUGCACGUACACGGGUUUCACCGGGCCCGUGUGCGGUUAACGGAGUGGCAGAGCUGCGAGUCUGGCUUUUCGGUCUCUCUUGGAUCGGCCUUUUUCCCUCAUAUGUACUCAACCAGGAUAUUUUUACCUUUUAGCAUGUAAAGGCCAUUUUAUUCACAAAGGUUGAAAAAAAAAAAAAUAUAUUGGGAAACUUUAUUUAUUGUUCCGAUAACUUUGAAGGAAAGCAAUAGACCUUUAUUUGCAUGAUAACGGAAUAUUCUAUAAUCUAGAAUUGUAAAUGUACGACUCCUCUGAAAUAUAUCAAGCUUAUGGCAAGCGUUUAUAACUCCCCAUAUCUCAAAGCCUUUAGUUAGAUACAAGACGUCAUUUGAGUAGUAGUCUCUAUAG